UUCUGUGCUGUUAGGAUCGGGACAAUAGUCUCUACAGUCGCAUGAAUUGACGUCUUGCAAUUUUAUAUCGGUUUUUGCUUUCAGACUUUUUUUAACCUUUACUUUUAAGUUCUCCUCUUCAGUAUUUUGAUCAGACAGUGUUAAAGUUUCCUGCGCGUGUCUACUUGCAACAAAGUGAAGAAGUACGAGAAAAAUCCAAAAACAUACAGAUGACCAGUGUCUUUUGAGGCACAUUUCCAUCUUAUUUUAGUUGUUCUUUCAGAUCCGAAUUUGCACUUUUACAGUACAUAACUAAAACAUUAACAACAUUUACCACGACUACAAAAGUUAAGAUGGCGAUUGUACAACGGUUGAGUGCACCAAUAUCUUAAGGUUAUCAUGUAAAAACUGAUAAUUAAUUCUAAAUGCGUUAUAAAUGUUGCACCUCGCUUCUCAGCGCGAUACAAGAUAAGGGGGCACGAACAACGCUACAAAGAUAUUAUAAUUUUUAACCUGUUAAUUUCAUACAUCAGUAUAUGCCAACAAAUGUUUCUGUGCUCUAAAAAAUACUUUCGUGCAGCAAAGAUCCAAUUUGCUGUUUACUUCGCGAAUAAAACCCAGUGAAGUGCAACAGAAAGCCGCUACAAUGCCAUUGGUAAUCAGUGGAUUAUUCUACACUAAUGCUUUUGCAAGAAAGCGCAAUUCAUAUUUGCUGGACUAAUCUUGUGAGAUUUUAAUUAAACCGCUGAACGAAAUUGCGCGAUUAUUUUUCUCAUACUGAGAGAUUUUUCACAGUAAUAAAUCUUCAUGAUAUUCACGUCAAAAUGUUAACUAACAAACAUCCAGCCAAACUCAGCGAACUGCAGCUAGCGACCACUACUCCGAAUUAGUCUUAAUUUCAUUUUUCUUUGAAAAAAAGCUCAUGUUAUACAGAUAAGUGCAGUGAUUAUGCAUUCACAAGCCUGUAUUUUGUGUGUUUCGAGCCCGGGUAGGGAACUAUAUAUCUUGGAUGUCGUUUCUGGCUUUCCGCCAUGCAGUUUAAAUAUUUGCCACGGCUUAUAAGCUAAUAUCAGUGCUUGCUGUUUUCCAGCAGUCUAGGUUUUUUUCGUUUUUUUAGCAAAGUUCAGCACCCUGAAUUUGCUUGACUAGCUUAACAGUGGCACUCCGUUAGAAUUAAUGAACACUUCAGGAAUUCCAAGCUCGAAAUAUAAUAUCAAUUGUUUUCACUAACUCUCAUUCAUUUAUUUAUUCUUAGUUCUGAGCAGUUUGGUGGCACAUCGGGACCAUCCAAUCAGUGAUUGAUGAUUUUGCUUAUUCCCAUAACUCUUCGUCUCAACGAGGCUUUCUCUCUUCGUUGUGAACGAGGUUGUCGAAGAUGGCGGACGGACUUUCGUAACGAAAUAGAAGUCAUAGAUCUAGAAUGAGGAUUGUGGCACGAGCUUGGGCAACGUAUCAACAGCUGCUCAUAACGCACCCCUGGAAAACUCAAACUAUUGGAACAGGUGUUCUUGUUGCCGCUGGAGAUGUUGUCACUCAGCAGUUUGUUGAGCGGAAAGGUCUCAAACAUGACUUUUUCAGAACAGCUCGCAUGGGGGUUGUGGGUCUGAUAAUUGGGCCUGUACUAAGAACAUGGUACCUGACACUUGACAGAAUUGUGCCUGGAGCAGCAAAGACUGCCGGCUUCAAGAAGAUGCUUCUAGACCAAAGCCUUUUUGCUCCAGUUAUGAUUUGUUUCUUCUUUGGGAUAACAGAGACUCUGGCUGGUAAAAGGCUGUGUGAUAUUAAGGAGAUGCUCCAGGAACGCUAUGCAGAUGCCCUGAUUACCAAUUAUAAAAUAUGGCCUCUUGCUCAAACACUGAAUUUUACAUUUGUUCCGAUUCAGCACCGUGUGGGAUUUGUCCAGAUAGUGGCAAUAUUUUGGAAUGCAUAUAUGUCAUGGAUGACUAACAAGCCAUUGCCCGAGCCUACAUUGAACAGUGUAAACUCCAUCCAGUAAAACAGGCUUUAAGUCACUUCACUCACACUUCACUCAGUGUGACUCCACAGCAUUGAAGAGAUUAUAUUCCAUGUAAGUGGCUCGUCUACAGUGUUACAACUGGUUUUCCUGUCUUGCCUUUCACCACUCAUUUUGCUGUAUAUUGCCUUUUCAAAAAUUUGUGUUCCUCAAAAAGUAAAAUUCCUUUUGGAUGUU